AUUUCACCAUCUGGUCAUACAGACAGCUGUCACUGCCGUUUAUAUAACCUCAAACCUUAAAAAUAUAAAAUUCCGGAGCCCGGUAAUUUUAUAAAUUUGUUCACUGAAAAUCACACCAUGUCCGAAUUCGAGAAUUUGUCCAGCAACGACAAGGAGCUGCAGGAGUUCCUCAUGAUCGAGAAACAGAAGGCGCAGGUCAAUGCGCAGAUACACGAGUUCAACGAGAUCUGCUGGGAAAAGUGCAUCGGCAAGCCGAGCACCAAACUGGACCACGCCACCGAGACUUGUUUGAGCAACUGCGUCGACCGUUUCAUCGACACAUCGCUGCUGAUCACCCAGCGAUUUGCCCAGAUGCUCCAAAAACGCGGCGGCGGCGACCUGUAGAUGGUGUCCACAUGUACCAAAAACUGGGAUCUGGGAAUCCGGGUAUCCGCCAGGGAGCUUCCGCCACUGUCCUACUGUUAAAGCUAUUUUUAAACAAAAAAUUACCAUGUAAGCCAUUUUUUUUUCCACGCUGUGUCUCGCUGCAGCCAUUUGAAGUAUGUAACCCGGAAUCCGGCAAAAUCAACAUCCGGAUUCCGAUAUCCGGACAAACCAUAUAAAAUCCUGUACCAUAAUUCUAUUGUUUCUGACGGCCUGACGCUAGCGAAUCCAAAAUAAAUACAAUUUUCGUUUUGUAUGUUUAAAAUGGGAA